AGACUUCUGCGCUCUUCUGUGUACAUCUUGUAUAUACGUGUGAUUACUGACCGGCGGCGGCAUCAUGGCUUCAGUGGGUGAAGAUGACGAGCGCUCACCACUUCUGCAGUCAUCAGCAUCAGACCCAGGUGUCGUCAUUGAAACUCAAGAUCAGCACAAAAGCAGAUGGUGGUCCAUCAGGAUUAUGUACCUUACCAUGUUUCUCAGCAGUGUAGGGUUCUCGAUUGUGGUGACUUCAAUUUGGCCAUAUCUUCAAAAGAUUGAUUCAAGUGCUGAAACAAGUUUCCUGGGCUGGGUGAUAGCUUCCUACAGUUUGGGUCAGAUGAUUGCCUCACCCCUGUUUGGUUUAUGGUCUAAUCAUAGGCCAAGACGAGAACCUCUAGUUGUCUCCAUCUCCAUACUGGUGGCAGCCAGCUGUCUUUAUGCCUAUGUACAUGUUCCUACCAGCCACAACAAGUAUUACAUGCUUGCUGCCCGUUCUCUGGUUGGCUUCGGAUCAGGCAAUGUUGCUGUUGUUAGAUCGUAUGUUGCUGGUGCAACUUCCAUUUCUGAAAGGACAAGUGCAAUGGCAAACAUAAGUGCUUUCCAAGCUCUAGGAUUUAUCUUGGGCCCUGCAUUCCAGGCUGCCUUCACUCUGAUUGGAGAAAAGGGGGUAACCUUCGCUGCUAUUGACCUCCAGCUGAACAUGUACACCACCCCAUCGCUCAUGGGUGCAGUUCUUGGCAUUGUGAACAUCAUUCUGAUCUUUGUUAAAUUCAGAGAACACAGAGUGGAUGACCUAGGAAGGCACCUAGGAAAUAUAAACUAUGAGCCUGAAGAGCUUAAUUCACAGGCAGCGAGUGAAGAGGUUGUUGACCGAGUGGCCAUUGUCUCAUCAAAUGUUUUGUUCUUUGUCAUUUUGUUUGUAUUUGCCAUUUUUGAAACAAUUGCAACCCCACUAACAAUGGACAUGUAUGCAUGGAACAGGACACAGGCAGUGUUUUAUAAUGGAGUUAUCUUGGCUGCUAUUGGUGUGGAGUCAGUGUUUGUAUUCAUUACGGUUAAAAUCAUUUCUAAAAAGACUGGAGAGCGUAUUUUGCUUCUCGGAGGACUGGCUACUAUUUGGGCAGGGUUCUUUAUCUUGUUGCCUUGGGGAAAUCAGUACCCAAAAAUACAAUGGGCAGACGUUGAGAACACGACCAUUCACAACUCAAGCUCCUGGAGUUCAAGUUUUGUGAUGUCCAGCAAUCACACUGUAGAGCCAACAGGAUGUCCUGCAGCUCAGGCCUGGUGCUUCUACACACCUGUUAUCCACCUUGCGCAGUAUCUUACAUCUAAUAUUUUAAUUGGCCUCGGCUAUCCGGUCUGUAGCGUCAUGGCUUACACCUUGUACUCAAAAAUCAUAGGCCCCAAACCACAGGGGGUAUACAUGGGCUGGCUGACUGCAGCUGGCAGUGCAGCUCGGACCUUAGGACCAGUAUUUGUCAGUGAGACCUACACACACCUGGGACCUCGAUGGACAUUUAGUCUAAUUUGUGGAAUAGUGGCAAUAUCUCUGUUACAUUUGGCAGCAGUUUACAAAAGGCUUAUUGCUUUUUCUGUUCGGUAUGGGAAAAUAUAGCAAUAAUUACCUGU